CACAGUCUGUCUGUGCCCUAUAAAACCCUCCUUUACCAUUCUUCGUAGUAUCUCAACCCACCGUCCCAAUUCCCUAAUCUAUUUUUUAUUUUUAUUUUUUUUUUCUCCUUCUGGAGAUGGCGAGCAACGAACCCCAGCAUAGAGAAGAGGAAGAAGCCCCCGCCGGCGAGGAGGAAGAUACCGGAGCUCAGGUCGCUCCGAUCGUCAGGCUUGAGGAGGUCGCCGUCAGCACCGGCGAAGAAAACGAAGAGGCUAUCCUCGAUCUUAAAGCAAAGCUUUAUCGAUUUGACAAAGACGGAAAUCAGUGGAAGGAGCGAGGUGCUGGUACUGUGAAGUUUCUGAAGCACACUGAAUCGAAGAAGGUUCGCCUCGUAAUGAGGCAGUCCAAAACCCUCAAGAUCUGUGCAAAUCAUCUCGUUCUACCAUCCAUGUCUGUCCAGGAACACGCUGGAAACGACAAGUCCUGUGUAUGGCACGCAACCGACUUUGCUGAUGGUGAAUUGAAGGACGAGCUUUUCUGUAUCAGAUUUGCUUCCGUUGAGAAUUGCAAAACCUUCAUGGAAAAGUUUCAAGAAGUUGCUGAAUCUCAGCAGAAGAAGGAAGAAAACAAAGAUGCUACAGCAGCUGCUGGACUUCUUGAGAAGUUGAGUGUUGAAGAUGAAAAGACCGAGGAAAAAGCCAGUGAGGAGGUCCCUGCCAAGGAGGAAAAAGAGGAGGAUAAAGAUGCUAAGAAAGAUGCAGUAAAAGGAGAUGCAGAAAAGAAGGAUGGGGAGCCUUCUGCUUCAACUUAAGAGGGAUGGUUGUUUUCUAAAAUCAUACAUAACUUGCAAUAUGAUGAGGUUACUUGGAUAGCCUCUUUUCCACCCAUGUCUUGGCAUUUCAAUGCCGGUGAAGUUCAUGGAUUGUUAUUUAAGGGCUGGAAUGCUGUUGGUCUACGUGUCCGGUCCUUGUCUUUGUCAAAAAAAAAAAAAAAAAAAAAAAAAAGGGUCAGACAUUUCGGUCAAGUUUGCAGGUUGAGGAUUGUGUCUUUUCAGUUUGGGUGUUGUUCUUUAACUAGGGUUCCCCUUGAUAUUAAUUUACUUGGGGGGAUUUAAAGUUGCGGGUCAUUUAUGUCAGUGCCGGCGAGAAUUACUUGUUAUUAGACAGAGUUUCCUUGGGAUAUAAUUUCUUGAUUUGUUCAUGA